AUGCCGGUGACCUGCUCCACAGCGAGUGAAAGGGUGUCGCGAAGAGAUGCCAACCCCAGGCAGCGCCUGGGUGACACGCGGGGCCAUGGGGCUGCCUCCCCGCACCCUCCUGGGAGCGGGGGGGGUGUCCCGUGGGGUCGAGGCGUUUUGUGUCACCUCCCUGCCCUCCUGCCGCAGGAGGGGAUCGGUCUGGACGCCAUCAACGACGCCUUCCUCCUCGAGUCCUCUGUCUACAGGCUGCUGAAGAAGUACUGCGGGGAGCGCCCCUACUACCUGCACCUGCUGGAGCUGUUCUUGCAGACUGCCUACCAGACUGAGCUGGGGCAGAUGCUGGACCUCAUCACCGCUCCUGUUUCCCAAGUGGAUUUGAAUCGCUUCACUGAGCAGAGGUAUAAGGCAAUCGUUAAGUACAAGACGGCGUUCUACUCCUUCUACCUGCCUGUGGCCGCUGCCAUGUACAUGGCUGGCAUUGAUGGGAAGGAGGAGCACGACAACGCCAAAGCAAUCUUGCUGGAGAUGGGCGAAUUCUUUCAGAUCCAGGAUGAUUACCUGGAUUGCUUUGGGGACCCAGAGCUGAUGGGGAAGGUUGGCACCGAUAUCCAGGACAAUAAAUGCAGCUGGCUGGUGGUGGAGUGUCUGCGUCGGGUCACGCCAGACCAGAGGCAGAUCCUGGAGGAGAACUAUGGCUGUAAGGAGCCCGAGAAGGUGGCAAAGGUGAAGGAGCUCUAUGAGACCCUGGGCAUGAGGGCUGCUUUCCAGGAGUACGAGGAGAGCAGCUACCAGCGCCUGCAGGAACUGAUCGGGAAGCACGCCAGCCGCCUCCCCAAGGAGAUCUUUCUGGGCCUGGCUCACAAGAUUUACAAGCGGCAGAAGUGAUGGUGGGCCUGGCUGCGGACUGCUUCGCCUUGGCUAAGGGGG